AUGACCGGUCAGACACCAACAAAUGUUACCGGCGGCUGCCUCUGCGGCUCGGUCACGUACACCGUUGCCGGCGGAUUCGGAUUCGGAGUUGUCUGCCACUGCAACAGCUGCCGCAAAUUUACGGGUUCGUCCUUUGGCGCGAACAGCUUAGUCGAGACAAAGAACCUCACGGUUGAAGACCCGGAGAAGAAGAUCAAGGUCUACAAGGCCGGCACAUCCGACUCGGGCAACUCGCUGGAGCGCUCAUUCUGCGGCGCGUGCGGCUCUUCGCUGUUCGUCGUCAGCGAGAAGGACCCCGGCCGGAUAGCCGUCACGUCCGGGACGAUGGAUGACGUGCAGGGCGUGGAGGGGGAUGGCGUCGAGCUGUGGAAGCCAAAGUUGGAGUUCUUCUGUAUUCGCAAGGCGAAGUGGUUGACGACUGUUGGGACUGCGCAAAAAGAUACGAUGUGA